CGGGGGGCAGAGGGCUCGGGCCCGGUCCCCCGAGCAGCCGGACAUGGAUUCUCAAACAACCUCUCCUGUCUCAAAACCUCACCCACCAGUGGUGGGUAAAGUGACUCAUCACAGCAUUGAAUUAUACUGGGAUCUGGACAAGAAAAUCCAAAGAAAAGGACCUCAGGAACAGUGGUUAAGGUUUUCAAUUGAAGAGGAAGACCCCAAAAUGCACACUUAUGGUAUCAUUUAUACGGGGUAUUCAACGAAGCAUGUUGUAGAAGGUCUGGAGCCUAGAACAUUGUAUAAAUUUCGAUUAAAGGUCACCAACCCCUCUGGAGAAUGUCACUAUAGCCCAGUUGUCUCAGUGUCCACAACCAGGGAGCCCAUAAGUAGUGAGCAUUUCCAUCGAGCUGUAAAUGUGAAUGAUGAAGACCUACUUGUCCAGAUACUUCAAGGAGGCCAUGUUAAGGUUGAUGUUCCAAAUAAGCUUGGCUUUACUGCCCUGAUGGUGGCUGCCCAGAAAGGCUACAUACAACUAGUGAAGAUCCUGAUCGGUAACGGGACGGAUGUGAACCUGAAGAACGGAAGUGGGAAGGACAGUCUGAUGCUUGCCUGUUAUGCUGGACACCUGGAUGUGGUCAAAUGCCUCAGAGCACAUGGAGCCUCUUGGGAGGCCCGAGACCUGGGAGGCUGCACAGCCUUGCACUGGGCUGCUGAUGGAGGCCACUCUAACAUCAUUGAAUGGAUGAUUAAGGAUGGUUGCAAGAUAGAUGUUUUAGACACUGGCUCGGGCUGGACACCGCUGAUGAGAGUGUCUGCAGUAUCAGGAAACAAAGAGGUGGCUUCCCUUUUAAUUGAAGCUGGAGCAGACGUGAAUGUGAAAGAUAAGGACGGGAAGACACCCUUAAUGGUGGCUGUAUUAAAUAAUCAUGAAGAAUUGGUUCAAUUACUUCUAGAAAAAGGAGCCGAUCCAAGUGUUACAAAUGAGUUUGGCAAAGGUGUCCUGGAGAUGGCCCGUGUGUUUGACAGACAGAAUGUGAUUGCCUUGUUAGAAGACCGGAAGAUGAGUCCCAGUCUGAAGAAGACCUCUUUCUUGAGCUAAGCUGAGAGCUGCUUUUCUCGAGACGUGCACGUGAAGGCCAUGGAACCAUGGACACAGGGCUUUAGACAAGUCCUUUGUCUGGGAAGGAAGGUUGUGAUACCAAUUGCUUAUUUAGUUGUUGAUUCUUGGUGACUUUUUGGAACAUGCAACUGUUCCCAUGUUCAAAUACAUCUUUUUACCUACACACGCACAUGUGUGUGUUUGUGUGCAUGUGUGUGUACAUGUAUGUACCGCCAUCUUUGUACAGUCAACUGCUGGGAUGUUUUCUUGCCUUUGUCCUUUUGGAGAUAGAUGUGAAACCAGAUGGUUAGGCCCUAGGCACAGGCACACACACAUUCAUUUGUUCCUCAUGGUGUCCCCUGGGCCACUCGAGGAGCCCCUGAAAUUCUCUCCUUCAUGGUUUUUUCAAUUUCGAUGCUCCCCCAGCCUCCUGACUUCCCUGUCCAGUGAUAAGUACUGCCCUCAGUGCUCACUCGAGGGGCUGGCCCAUUCCUUGUGUUGAAGCAGGGCCUUCCAUGAAAAGGUUUUUUCUUUGCAGUUCCUGCCUUCACAAGUGCUGCUGGUCCUCUCUGGCAGUGGGCAGGGAGGAGAGAAUGCCACCCAACACUGUACCUACGUGGAUUUGCGUUUGCCUCUCUGUUGUCAUAGUCGGGUGGGCAGGCACAGGUGGGAUGGGAGGUGGCCUGGGUCAGUGGGAAUCAUUCAAAAUUCCCAUAGCUCAUUUCAGGGCAGAGGUGAAAGGAAAUGCUUCGUGGAAUGAAGACCAGGACCCAGCCCAAGAAGCCGAAUGCCAGAGUCCUUAAGCGAGCCAUGUUUUAGAAUCCAUGCAACGUGUGUCUAGCCGGCAAUGUGCUCUGCAGCUGGAGAGAAGCUGAGGAACUUGAUCAGCCCCAGAGGCUGGCAGUCAGCAGGGUGGAUUUUCUCAGCAGGGCAAAGAUCAGUGAAAAGGUGAUGAAUGUGAGCUAAGGGCAGGGCAGGGCAGAGAAGAGUGCCGGUCAGCAUUACUGAGUUUGGGAAACCUCCAUUUGAUUUUGUAUCACAUUUUGGACAGCUGCCUUUGGAGCCAGACUUGCAAGUCCCAGACAGAGACCAUUCCCCUGCGACCUUGUUAUAGUUAUUAGCAUUUUCUACACCCUUUUAUAAAGA